AUGUACUCUCUUCGCACCCUCGCUCUUGCUAUUGCCGUCGUCGCGGCUAGCCAGCUCGCUCUCGCUGCGGCCGUUCUCGAAGCCCGAACUCUGACUCUCGGCCAUGGUCCUGUGUGUAUCAGUGGUGCCCCCACCCCCACUUCUGGCCCGUUCACCUGCCUGUAA